UGGACUCUUCUGGUCCACCAUCUAUGAGAGGAACACGUUUACAGUCUGAUGGACAGACCCUCACCGGAUGGGGCAGGCCUUGUUUAGGAGCGGCACCACAAACAAACGCGGAUAUUCAGAACCAAGGUCCGGAAGUUGGUCACUUUAACAGGAAAAAAAGUUUAGCUUCACUGCAAGGGAGAAGAUACCGUUAGACUGAGAAAACCGCAAGCAAGCUUCCUACACAUAACGAAAGAGAAGAGGGGGAGGGAGGUACGGAGGAAGUGAGCAUUGUGCACAUACUGUGAAUAUUUUAUGUCUUAGAACGUAAAAAAAAGAAAACAAAAUGGGUGACUCCGGCAGCAGCAAACCGCUGGUGGUGACUUCCUCCCUCUCCUUCAAGGUUACCACGCCCUCCUUCUACAAUCAGCCGAAAAAGUUUGCUUCGGUCGCGCCGCCUCGGCCCAAAAGCCAGAUCGGCCAGCCGCACGGCCCAGCUGUCGGCACAGCUGUCAUCGGCCGCGUCGGAGAGCUGCCCCCACCGCCUCCCGCCGUCUGUGAGGAUUUCCCACCCCCUCCUCCCCCAUUGGAUGAUGCUGAGCUACCAGCCCCACCCCCAGAAUGCCAGACCACACCCCCUGCUUUCGAGGCUCCCCCGCCUGCCUUCCCCGCCCCUCCCCCCCCGCCAGAGGAGGAUUUGCCUCUCCCGUCACCGCCUGGAGAGGAGCCCCCCCUCCCCUGUUCCCCGCCUGCCCCACCCCCCCCGCCACCGCCACCGCCCCCUCUCCCAGCAGCCAGUAACAGCAAUAACGCACAGAGGUUCCUGGAGAAGCAGACCAGCUUUGACAGACAGCUGGACUCCCUGACCGACAUGCUGUCUGAGAUGGAGACCAGAGGACCCUUUAACCCAAAGAUGCCUAGUCAAGUCCCACUCGUGCCUACGCCCAAGCCCUUCGUCCCACCACCCACCGCCCCAAAACCAGGCCUCUCCUUCCUGCCUCCCCCCGAGCUCCAGGACCGCCCACCUCCCGCCCCCUGGGCAGAGGAGCUCAAGCUGAGGCAGACGAACAGGCACGCCAACCAACCCCCGGGCUCCGCCCCCGCCCCCGCUCAAGCACAGCCGGCCCCCAAGGGCCCCGGUGUGGCUCCUAAGUCUUCCUUCCCCGUGAGCAACGCCGGCGCAAGCUCUGGCCCCAAAGCCGCCGUUUCGGGCCCCCCGGCCAGCCAGAAGCAGCCGAGCGGCGGCGCCCCUGCGUUCGCCCCUAAGCCGGCCCCGUCCGCCUCCUUCCCCCCGCCGCCGCCCCCCGUUAACCAGGCCCCGCCCACCUCGGUCGUUCCAGGCUUCAGCCGCCCCAAGCCCGCCCCCGCCGGCAGCCAGGCGCGCGUGAGCCCUCCCUCCGUCUCCCCGCAGCCCAAGGCCGUGGCCCCGCCCCCCUCGUCUCAGACCAAGCCAAUGGGAGCGCCGGCCUCCAAGCCCUCGGCCCCGGGCCCUGGAGGAGUACCGCUGUCCAUGAAGGAGGUGGAGGAGCUGGAGAGGAUGACGCAAGACUUCAUCAAGGACAUGGACACCCACGCCCCUGUCAUCACGUCUCCUCCUACAGAGCGCUGUGGGAAGUGUGGGGAGGCGCUGUCCCGGGCUCAGCCUGCGGUGAGGGCGAUGGACAAGCUCUUCCACUCAGACUGCUUCUGCUGCAUGGACUGCCAGCGCACUCUGCAGGGCCUGCAGUUCUACGACCGAGACGGCCAGCCUCAGUGCGAGGACUGCUAUGUGAGCUCCCUGGCGGUGUGCGCGCGCUGCAAUGAGCGGGUGACCGACCGCGUGCUGAAGGCCGUCGGCCAGACCUUCCACGCCCACUGCUUCCGCUGCUGCACCUGCAGCUGCAGCCUGGAGGGGGCGCCCUUCAUCACCGACGACAACAACAACCCCUACUGCGUGGCUGACUACCACCGGCGCUUCUCCCCUCUGUGCGUGAGCUGCAAUGAGCCCAUUGUGCCUGACCCGGGCAGCGAAGAGACGGUCAGAGUGGUGGCCCUGGAGAAGAACUUUCACCUUAAGUGCUACCGAUGCGAGGACUGCGCUCGCCCGCUCUCCAUAGAGGCCGACGCAGACGGCUGCUACCCGCUGGACGGCAGGAUCCUCUGCAUGAAGUGCCACACCCAGCGUGCCAAGCAGGCCGCGCAGUGACCGGCGAAACGCCCAACCCAACCAAAACAAAGGCACAUACCGCGUCCAUGUUUGAUUCUCUGUUUCUGCGUCGACGGGCCCUUGCAGGUUCUUCUUUUGAGCAUCUCUCGCUCUCUCUCUCUCUCUCUCUCUCUCUCUCUCUCUCUCUCUCCCCCUCUCUCCUCGCUUGCUGACUUUCUCUGUGCAUCUCUGGCAGUACAGAGGUAAUGUACUGUACUGUUUGAAUCCCUUUGUUCUCUGUUCCCCUUCUCCGUACUGUGAUUAUGUGAUUAUGAUUUCUUAUGUGCAUUAAAGCUUCCAGCAUGACUUGUAGAACUAAAGAAAGGCAUGAAAGUGUCCUUUUUAGGACUGGUGCACCCUGGGAUUCAUGCCUUUUGAUCACAAAGAAACUUACGAGCAAAAGUAUGGCUCAGCAAGUAGCACAGCUGCAUUUCCACAGCACUUUUCAUGGGGUUAGUCUGCUGGGCUUGUUGUAGCGAUGCACUUUAGGAGUUAUUGUUCCUUGUAUGGUCAUGCUGUGUUUGUUACUUCUUCUCUUCUGAUUGGUAAAGGUGCCCCCUGUUUGGCUUAUUUGGGCCAAUCACUGGUGAAUGUGAUGUAUGUGAAGAGCAAAGCAACAUGCCCAAUUGUAACAGUGCUUUCAACGAACUACUUUUCCCAAUAUACGUUGUGACUGUAGAGCAGAGGUUUUGGGACGCUCAUUGCUGCAUGGGAAUUGUAGGUCUUUUAGGGCUAAGUCGUCCAGAAUGCAACAAAGGUUCUGGCGUGUUGUGGGUUUUGAUGAGUUGUGUAACGUGUAUGAAUCACUGCAAAAUGUUAAUUAUGUUAAUUCCAUUUUUUAUUGAACAGCUGUGACAAUGGCUGAUUAAUUGGAUUUCACGUGAGCAAGAAUAAGCACAGCUUAAAAUGCACAUUAACAAGUAUUUAUGAAUAGUAAGCCGCCUUGAAGCUACCAUUAAAACUGCAAUCACUGUAAACCAGUGUUAAGGUCCAUUCCUUUUACUUUGUGGUACUUCAUGAAAGUUAUGAAUAAGUGGAUUAUAAUAGCUUUAUAUAAAGUCAAAAAAAGACGGAAUCAAUGAUCACAAAUACACCUGCAUUUAUACCCGAGUUAUUUGUAGUCUAGUACAUUAAUUACAGAACUUGACAGAUUACACAGCAUGAUGAAUACUUAUUAGGAUUAAAUAGUACACACAUUCCAGGGUUGCAGUUACAUCACAAAAGCAAAUCGGUUAGGCUGCUGUUAUAUGAGUGCAUUUAUUACAACUGCAGGCAUAGAUAAAGUGUUAGGAUAAGGAAUAAUCUUAAAUCAUCACAAAUGCACUCGACUGGCUUUGGGUAACGAUCAUCAGUCAGAAGCCACCUAGUAUUUAACACUCAGUUGUCUACUGUUUAGUGGCUUUCAUUCGUUACUCUGGCUGAAUGAAUUCCUUAAUUUACUGUUCACAGUAUUGGGUUUUCUUGAUAAUGUGUCAGAUCAUUGUAUUAAAUGACACUGUUUCACACCAUUGUAUUUGUUUGUUUUGGGUUGGAUUAUAUUUCCAUUUAAUAUGAUUAUAGCCACAUUUUAUUUUCAAACUAAAGUCACUUUUUUCAUUCUGUAUGCAACCGUUUUAUUUUUUUUAUGGUGUGGAUUUUUUUCCCCCCACUUCAUUCUUUUUUUAAUUUUGUGUUUUCCUAUUAUUCCUUGUUCAUCCCACAUUUUUAUUUCCAUGAAAACACAUUCCUUUAAUUCGUUCCUAAUUAUAUUUUGGGGCACAAAAACGGUGAAAAUUAAAAUGACCACAAUUGUGAAAAUAUUUAACUGUUACGUAUUACAUGGUAUUUAUGUUGCUGUUAUCAAUUUUUAAAGCAUAUUAAAACCACAAAUUAUUCUAAUUAAAUUUAGUGAUAAUACAGUUAUCAUACCAGUGUUAUCAGUUAUGCCAAUAGAUGAUUGUAAAAAGGCUUCACUAUAGUCAUACAAUUAAAUUGCCAUUGCUUUUUUAUUAUUCCCUAUUAUACAUAUACAUUUUUUAUAUAUUUGUGUGAAUGUGUACAUGUUUACUGUUUUCAACAUGCCAAUAUAUUUUUUCAAUUUUAAUUUCUCACUUGUAUUGACUGUACUCAAAAAAAAAUAAAACUGAAAACAGUUCAUUCAAAAGCGAAA